UCUCUGCGUCAGUGUCCGAGGGGGAGGAGGGGGAGGUGACGGUGGUGGCGUCUCAGCUCCGCGGUUACGGCGUCUGGGAUGGAGGCGUGGCUCAAGGUGGGACUCUGCUGAGCGGAUGGGAAGGUCCCGCCCCUUCGCUGCUCUUCCUGUGGGUGACGGACGCUCAGGCCAAACUGCUGCAGAGGGAGCUGUCGGCCUUGAGUCAGAGCUCCGCCUCCUCAGGUCCGUCCUGCUGCUUCCUCCUGCUGGUGUUGAAGGAGCAGCUGCAGGAGCUUCAGGCUGCUCUGUUGGCAUCCAUCCUUGACAUGACAGAAUAUCAGAAGGGACGCUCUUCCUCCUCUUCCUCCUCUUCCUGUCAGGGCCCGUCCUCUCCUGUGGAUUGGACUGACGGACUCCUGCUCCUCCACAGCUGUCCUCCUCCCCUGGAUCAGCACCUCCUUGUUCUGCUGGGACACUCUACUACGGUCGGUUCAGCGAGCAGCAGUCAGAGGAACAGGAAGUCCGGUCUGAGGUCAUCUGGUCAGCAGCAGCUUCCUGUCAGGUUGAUCCAGUAUCCACCACCGCCCUGCAAAGGCCGCAUCUCUGUGACGAGGGAGGACCUGGCCCGUUUGAACGCCGGCGAGUUCCUCAACGACGUCAUCAUCGACUUCUACCUCAAGUUUCUAUUCCUGGAGGGCGUCGGCGGCUCCGUGGCCGAGCGGAGUCACGUCUUCAGCAGCUUCUUCUACAAACAGCUGAGCAGACGGCGAGCUGCAGGAGAGGACGACGCCCCCUCGGUCCCCGAUCGUCACCUGAGACAUCAGAGGGUGAAGACAUGGACUCGUCACAUCGACAUUUUCACCAAAGACUUCCUGUUCGUGCCUGUCAAUCAAGAAGCUCACUGGUUCCUGGUGGUCGUGUGUUUCCCGGGUCUGGAGGACGUGCAGCACGAAGAGUUUCAGACCUGCACAGGAGCAUCAGAGCGAGCGACGGGAAAACGAGGCCUGAGUCUGAGACGACAAGAACCUCCUGACUGCACUGAGCUCGGCCGCCACAGUCACUCCGUGUUAAAGAGGCCGUGCGUCCUCGUCAUGGACUCUCUGAAGCUGUCGUACCAUGAAAACGUCUGCAGACUGCUCAGAGAUUACCUGCAGGUGGAGUGGGAAGUGCGUAGACGGACGCCGCGUCUCUUCACGUCGAACAACAUGAGGAGCUGCAGCUGCAGAGUCCCUCAGCAGGACAACAGCAGCGACUGUGGACUGUACCUGCUGCAGUACGUCGAGAGCUUCCUGCAGAACCCCGUCGUGCACUUUGAACUCCCGUUGCAUUUGGACAACUGGUUUCCGCGGCAACAAGUGAGACAGAAGCGCAAGGAGAUUCGAAGUCUGAUAAUAAGGAUGCACCAGAGUCAGAGACAUGAAGAAGAAACCUGAGCAAAAACAAAAUGACCUCUGACCCCGAGCCGUUAAUUCACCCGUGCAAUAAAUAAUUUAUAUUUUUCUACUGUUUCACUUUAAUAAACU